GUAAAUAUUUUAUGUUUCUUUGAUAUUUAUGUAAAAAUCUCAAGAUCGACCGCCACUCCCUCCAUCACUGGAUAUCAUGUUUUUGUUUCUAUACUUCAAAAUCAUAAAUUCAUAAUCACAUUCAAAAUAAAAAAUCUUCGAGAACUGUAUUACGAAUUUUAAUUCUUAAUUAAUAACUAUAAUUAUUAUCUAAUCAAAUCCACAGUUCUUGAUCUUAAUUGAAAACAAUCAGUGCGAGUGUCCUUUUUUUCCGAUCAAAAAUUGUAAUUUCUGCAGGGAGAUGAUUUUAUGUUAGUAAUCGAUGCCGAGGAAGAGGACGAUUUGAUCGCACAAUCAUGUGGUUUUCUUUUUGGAGAUCCAGAGAUCGUUUCUCUUUGGAUGAACUCAGAUAUUUAACUGAUCAGCUCCAGAAAACUCAAACUGUAAAUGAGGUUAAUAAGGAUUUUGUUAUUGAGGCACUGAGAUCCAUAGCAGAAUUGAUAACUUAUGGUGAUCAACAUGAUACUAAAUUCUUUGAAUUAUUUAUGGAGAAGCAAGUCAUGGGGGAGUUUGUACGAAUUCUAAAGAUAUGUAGAGCAGUGUCUGUUUCACUUCAAUUAUUGCAGACAAUGAGCAUUAUGAUUCAGAAUCUUAAAUCUGAACAUGCAAUUUAUUACAUGUUUAGCAAUGAACAUAUUAACUUCUUAAUUACUUAUAAGUUUGACUUCCGUCAUGACGAGCUAUUGUCGUACUACAUUUCAUUCUUAAGAGCGAUAAGUGGAAAGUUGAACAAGAAUACGAUUUCUCUGCUUGUUAAGACUCAAAAUGACGAUGUGGUUUCUUUUCCACUGUAUGUAGAGGCAAUACGGUUUGCUUUCCAUGAAGAAAGUAUGAUUCGGACUGCAGUACGUGCUUUGACAUUAAAUGUUUAUCAUGUUGGAGAUGAGUCCGUGAAUAGAUUUGUUGCCAAGCAGCCUCAUUCUAAUUAUUUUUCAAACUUGGUGACAUUUUUUCGGAAGCAAUGCGUUGAUUUAAAUGGAUUGGUCUCUGAAGUUACAAAAAAGCCAGAUACAGAUGCAAACGCCAUAAUGAUUGCUGCUGUGGAUGAAAUUGAGGAUAAGCUUUACUAUUUUAGUGAUGUCAUAUCUGCUGGAAUUCCUGAUGUUGGAAAGUUAAUAACAGACAACAUGUUGGAAUUUCUGAUACUUCCAUUGCUACUUCCAUCCUUGAGAUUGGAUGCUGUUAAUGUCCAGGAAACACAGAUUGAUGCCAUCACUUCUCUGUAUUUACUUUGUUGCAUCUUACGCAUAGUUAAAAUAAAGGAUUUGGCGAAUGCCAUUGCUGCUGCUUUCUUUUGUCCACCAGAAGUUUUUAUUCCAAAAUCUGAAGCUAAGGUCAACGGACAUGUGUCUGAUCAUAGUUAUACAAGUGAAGCUGACCAGUCAGAUAAUGGUAAUAUCGUAGAGUUUGAUGGUUGUCUGAAAGUGACUUUGCCAAAUGCCGCUAGUUCUUCACAAGUUAAUCCAGAAGAAAUUGUCUUGCAAAAUGAAUGUAGUAGUUCAUACGGGUCUUUGAGGUACGCAUUGCUUUCUUUCAUUACUAAUGGUGAUGAUUUACAAGUUCUGGGUUCUUUGAGUGUGCUGGCUACACUAUUGCAAACAAAAGAAUUGGAUGAAACAAUGCUAGAUGCUCUUGGCAUUCUGCCACAGCGCAAGCAACAUAAGAAACUUUUACUGCAAGCAUUGGUUGGUGAAGGCUCCGGUGAAGAUCAACUUUUUGCUUCAGAGCUUGGUUUUUCUAGAGAUUCUUUCAGUAAUGAGCUUGAUGGCUAUCUACAAAAACUGAAGGAGCUGCAUGGAGGAGUAUGCUAUUACCCAGAGGUGGGAACAAGCCCUCGUGUACAUAGAUUUCAGGUGCUUGAUGCACUGGUCAGUCUCUUUUGCCGGUCCGAUAUAUCUGCAGAGACAUUGUGGGAUGGUGGUUGGCUCUUGCGUCAACUACUUCCAUAUAGUGAAGCUGAGUUCAAUAACCAGUAUGAGAAAUUGUUGAAGGAUUCAUACAUCAAUUGUACUAGUGCUAUUGUAAAGGAGACCAGAGGUAUGUGGCCUGAUCUUCUUCUGACAGUCCUAUGUGAUGAAUGGAUAAAAUGCAAAAGAGCCAUUGAAGCUUCACCCCCUCGCAAAGAGCCAAAAGACAUACUCUUGCCCUCACAGAAGGCUUUUUGUAAUGAUUCUCUUCAUAACGAGUCAUCAAUAAAGGCCGCUGAAAGAAUGUGUGAAUUGGUGAAGGUGUUUGUACUUCUUCAUCAGGUUCAACUGUUCUACCUUGGCAGGGUGUUGCCUGAGCAGCCUCCUAUAUAUCCCCCAACUGAUGCCCCUGAAAACUCCCGUGCUAGAACUGCUGGCCUUGAUAUUUCAUGUCCUAAACCAGGAAUUGAAUUGAAACUUGUUGAUGCCGUGCCUUGUCGGAUUGCAUUUGAGAGAGGUAAAGAACGACACUUUUGCUUCCUAGCAAUGUCUUGGGGCACAUCCGGCUGGAUCCUCCUUGCAGAAGAACUACCUCUGAAGCAUCAAUAUGGGGUUGUCCGUCUAAUUGCUCCUUUGGCUGGUUCUGAUCCUAGAGUUGACGGCACACAUCCUUGGUUACACUUGCGCAUCCGUCCAACCUUUCCACCCUAUGCCGACCUUAAAAAAUAUGUAGCCUCCAAAAAGACCAAACCAUUAGUUGAUGGGAGAUGGACUUUAGCAUUCCGGAAUGAGGAAUCUUGCAAGAUUGCUUUCUCUAUGACCAUUGAGGAGAUAAAUCUGCAAAACGACGAGGUUGAGAGAAGAUUAAAACCGUUGCUUGAUAUUCAAGGAGCUGUUGAUAUUUCAAACCAAUCUCCUCUAUGUUGUUCUGAUGCUGUGUCCUCAAGCUCAAUCCCUUCCGAUUCAUUGUAAGUUUGCAAUUGGUUUUCAGUUUUCCAAAAAUAGUUUGCUAUAUGCUUCGGGUGGGAAUGUUUUAUCCGGUCACCCUUUGUAUAUAUCUACAAGGCGAUAUGAGGUAUGUCGAAAAUGUAUAUUAGCACCCCAGCUUAGUGCCAUUCUUUGUACUAUAGGUUAUUUUUCAGUGAUAUGUUAGUUUAGCCAUCUUUUCAUUCUUUAGCUGUUCUAACCCUAGGUUCCCCCUUUUGAUUUAAUUUUGCUAUUAUUGUAAUGUGUAACAUAAAUGUAUAUUUGAGCCAAGUUCAUAGUAAAAGAUUUUUGUACACCA